AUGGAGGCGAGGGCAGUUCCACCCAUGACAAGCAACCAGCUCGUUGCACGCAUGGCGGAGAUGGCGUGGGAGGAGAAGCGUAAACAUUCGACAUCUGGCGAACGCGAGUCGUUGGCAGCACCAGAUGGGCGCAUCAAAGUGCAUGAUGUCUCUUUUGAUCGCAGUUCCACCUACCGCUUGGAUUACUGCAAUAAAGACGUACCCGGCUUCCAUAGGCGAGUGCGUCCCAUACCGGACUACACCAAAGAUUGGAGCGAAACUGAAAAGACAAACAUUGAAGCCGCGAAAAAAUUUCCCUACCUGACGAUGCCAGAGAGUUUACUGAAGAAGCGUCCAACCGUGUACCGACAUGAUUACAUUCCAAGUGCGGAACGGGAAGACUACCGGACACUUCCACACAAUACAAAUCUGCAGGACCUCGGUUCCUCCUUUGCGUAUUCUGCCUACUCUGUAGACGAUCCUGCGCGUGUGAUAAAGUACGACAAGGCUGUCGCCUCCUGCAACAGGCCCCAUUGUUUGUUAUGGAAAACUUACAGUCCGCGGGACUCUAUCGCAGUUCAAAGGCACCCAGAAUCAACCGCAGAGGAGUUACAGCACUUGCGAGAACUUCGGCGUAUUCAGAUGUCGAAAUCGAGUGAUCGUAGUUCGUCAGGGAAGAGCCCGGUGGAGUCUGUAUCUUCGAAAAGGGUAAUUGUAAUACCGGGAAUGCGAGGCAUGGGGUAUCGUCGGGCGCCAAAGGAGGGCAAAGAUUACAUUUAUCUUCCCCGGGACCACUUCUGCCAUCAGGUGGUCUAUGACUAUUAA